AAGAAGACAAACCCGGAAGUGCGGACGCUGGGGUUUGUUGACAGAACGUGCGAACGGUUCUGUAGUCGCGCGGUGAUAUUCGGGUGUUUUUCGGGUGAAACGGAGUCCGGGUUCGGGUGAGAUGAGUUCUACAGAGGACCGACACGGAACCAAGAGACCCGCCUCUCCGACGGAGGAUGGGUCGACCCAGUGGGCCUCAGCUGAUCUGGGAAGCGAUGAGAGGAAGCAGAAGUUUCUGCGUCUGAUGGGAGCGGGAAAGAAGGAACACACAGGACGUCUGGUCAUCGGCGACCACAAGUCCACGUCCCACGUCCGCAGCGGACUAGAGGACCGGCACAUCAACCAGCAGCUGGAGCAGCAGUACCAGCAGGGAAUGGACGGGAAGCUGUCGGGACGGAACCGCCGCCACUGUGGGCUGGGCUUCAGCGAGUCUGAACCGGAUCCUCCUCCCUCGGCACCGGUCGACACCCAGACCACACCCGCUGAUCCACAUGAAACCGACAGUGACAAAGACCAGACUGGAGACCAGAACCAAAGUUCAGACCCUGAAGGUCCGGAUCUGACCUCGGAUCAGCCCAAACCCGCCUCCGACAGCAGAACCGACCAACGCAAACACACCUACAAGAUGGCGUUCGUGAAGUCGACGUGAAUCACAGGAGUUGGAUUUUGUAUAUUUUGAUGUGGUCCGUUAAACUGGUCGUCGUUUCCCAUCAUGCAUGAGAUUCUCAGGUUGAAAUGUCUGGAUCUGGUGUCGGAUGACGUCGAAAAACUGGUUUUAUUUAAUUUGGACGUUUUGGACGAUGAUUCAGGAUCGAGGAAACACUGAUUUUUUGUGACAUUUUAUUUGGAAACUAAUAAACAGAAACAUCACAGAAGA